UAGAAGCGACAGCAACCUUGUAAACAGUUGACCACCAUGGACAUUGAGGAUGACACGACGGUGUUCUCCACUCUGAAGUCCUUUAAGAGUUUCAUCUCUCUUCCGGACAUGUCUCGGAACCAGGGAGAACCCGCCCCGGUGCAGAGCCACGUCCUACAGAACCAGUACCUGCAGAGGUUACAGUUGCUGGAGGCAGCAGAGAAGGUUCAGUCUAAGACCCAGCUGAUCCAGAUGGACCAGGAGAAGAGACAGAUGGAGAUCAGUCACAAGAGAGCACGCAUCGAACUGGAGAAGAACGCUACGCUGAGCGCUAGGGACUUUGAGCGUGAGGUGGACCGUAACCAGGACCUGCUGGGACGAAUCAGACGCCUGGAAGAGAGGGAGGCGGAGUCUAGCCAGAGCCUAUCGGAAAAGGCAGAGGCAAACCGUGCUCUACAUCGGACCCUGGAGUCUCUCAACAGGAGGGUGGAGGAGAGGGAUGGAUGGCUCAACACCUCUAACCAGACGGCGAGCGGUUUAAAGGAUGAGAUCCGGGACCUGAAGCAGCAGGUCCAGACGCGGGACAACACCAUCUCUAACCAGACACUGGAGAACCAGGGACUACAGGAACAAGUGGAGCUACAACACAGGAAGUACCAGGAAGUGUCUCAGCGGUGCCAGGCCCUCCAGUUAGCAUCAUCCACCUGCUCCGACCACGAACUCAAGAUUAAGGAGUUGGAGAGGAAGUUGGCUCUGCAGGAACAGGAUGUUGUCAUAGUGAAGAACAUGAGGUCAGAGGUCGCUAGGGUCCCAGAUAUGGACAAGGAGCUCCGACAGCUAAGGGAGGAGAAUGUUUACCUCAGGGAGACGAGGGAGAACGUGUUCCUGCUGAAGGAGGAAACUGAGGGUUUGAGACGUAAGGUAGAACGCAUGGAGAAGAUGAAAGAGGAGAUGGUGAACGUGGAGCUGGAGAAGGAGAAACUGUCUCAGAAACUGCAGGCCUGGGAGAACCUGGGACAGUCUACUGGACUCAACAUACGGACACCAGAGGAUCUGUCCAGAGAGGUGAUUCAGAUCCAACAACGAGAGAUCGCUGUCAAACAACACAACUACACUCUCACCAGCAGCUGUAGGUCAGUGGAGCGUACUAAGGCUGACCUCCAGGGAGAGCUGUUGUCGCUACGUUCUAAAGCUCUGGAAGAACAGAAGAAGAGAGAGACCCAGGAAUCACUGGUCAGACGACUACAGAAGAGAGUGUUGCUGCUCACCAAGGAGAGGGAUGGGAUGCGUGCUAUCCUGGAGUCCUAUGACAGUGAGCUGUCUUCUAGUGACUACACUCCUCAACUCAGCCGCAGACUCAGAGAGGCAGAAGAUGUACUGACCAAGACUCAGAACCACAAUACAGAGAUGGAGGUUCUGUUGACUAAAGCCCAAGAGGAGGCUGGGGCCCUCAAACUACAAGUACAGACCAUGGAGUUGGAGCUGGAGGUUAUGAAAAAGCAGCAAGACUCCGUCGCUGAGGGCAUCCCCUUAGCAACGAACGAGGAAGUCAACACACUCCGGCUGAAGAUUGAGGAGUUGGAGGGAGAGCGACAACGUCUGGAAGAACAGAACAAUGUUCUAGAGCUGAGGCUGGAGAGACACAACUUACAGGGAGACUACAAUCCGGUCAAAACCAAAGUCCUCCACUUCAGUCUGAACCCUACGAGCAUGGCCAAACAGCAGCGUGUGGAGGAAGUGGAGGCGCUGAGGGCAGAAGUAGAGUGUUUGAGGAACGCCUCCGCUCACUGCAGACAGGGGCGCUAUCCCCCUCUUGCUGCUGCUGCAGGAGAGGCCAGCCUCAGUCUGCCUCCCUCACAGGAGGUCCUGGAUCUGCGUAAACAGAUGGAAUCAGCUGAACUGAAGAACCAGCGGUUGAAGGAGGUGUUCCAGAGGAAGAUUCAGGAGUUCAGGACGGUGUGUUAUGUUCUGACCGGCUAUCAGAUAGACAUCACUACUGAGAACCAGUACAGGCUGACCUCUGUCUACGCUGAACAUAUGGACGACUCUCUACUGUUUAAGGUACAAACACACAAGGUGACCAGACGGUUAGAGUGUUGGGCCAGUAACCAAUCACCGAACCGACAUGGUGGCCAAGCAUUUAGUGUUGGGCCAGUAACCAAUCACCGAACCGACAAGGUGACCAAGCGGUUAGAGUGUUGGGCCAGUAACCAAUCAGCGACCGAGGCACUUACAUGUGUAUAUUAAUACAUACUGGUACAUGUGUAUAUUAAUACAUACUGGUACAUGUGUAUAUUAAUACAUACUGGUACAUGUGUAUAUUAAUACAUACUGGUACAUGUGUAUAUUAAUACAUACUGGUACAUGUGUAUAUUAAUACAUACUGGUACAUGUGUAUAUUAAUACAUACUGGUACAUGUGUAUAUUAAUACAUACUGGUACAUGUGUAUAUUAAUACUUACUGGUACAUGUGUGUUUAAUACAUACUGGUGCAUGUGUAUAUUGAUACAUACUGGUACAUGUGUAUAU